GUUGGUCCUGCCAUGAGCCGGAUUACCGGAUAUUAUGAGGCAUGCUGGGAGUCCUGGCCGGGCACUGCAAGAUGGUGUAUGAGAUUCACGUAUGCCCAAAUCUGGGGAAGCGUGCUUGGACAUCUCUGUUUCCGCACUGGCCCACGCAUUUUCAACCCGAGCCAGGACGAAAUCGACAUAUUCCGUACAACACGCUACGUUCUCAUUGUUCCCCUCGGACUUCUGGCGCUGUUUCAUAUUGUGGAGUUCUCGAAGCCGCGGCCUCGAUUGCGCGCCCUGAUCAUGGCCCGCGUGUCCAUCUGGGAGUUCUGCAUCAAAAUCACGUAUUAUUCCAUGCUUUCCAACGGUACAGAGCUGGCCUGGCAAAACAUGCGUGGCUACGAUCGGCGGCCGAUCUACCUGCCGCGUUGGACGGGGUGGACAUUUGCUAUACCAACUCUUCUGAUCAUGAAUUUCUACCCCAUCUUGGAUGACCGCACCUUUGCGCAGGGAUUGCAGCGCAUCUUCCCGCAAUUAGCAUGUACUGCAGCUUACUGCUGGGCGUGUUUCGUCGGCUGCGUGAUCACCGAUCCUUGGUACGGCUGGUACUUGAACAUCUUGGGGUGCGUGGCUUACGUCGCCGUCAUAGUGGACUGCGUGGUGAUCACGGCAGAGCGUAUUGUGCACACGGACCAGCCCAUUCUCAAGGGCUAUAGCAUCAUCGUCAAGGAAUGCGUGUUCAUCAUCUACACUUGUGUGUGGCUGAUGGGGUGCUGGGGCUUUGCAAGCUCUUACGCCUGCCAGCGGUUUUACAGU